UCAGUUAAGUUUGCGCUAGAUCGGUAGGAACACGUCUGUUGCGCGUUUUUCGAAUUUUGUUUAUAAACUUGACUUGGAAAUAUUACGUUAAGGUGUAAAUUUAGCAUGGAGUAGACUUGUUAGUGAUGUGAUUUUUUACUGGACUGGUGUUUAAGGACUUAGCGAUGUGGCUGGGAGUGUUAUGGACGCUGUUGGCAGGGCUGUGUGCUGCGGAGGCGGGCCUGCUAGGAGACGAUUGUGACUGGACCGGCAGUGGUUUGACGCUGAGCUCGGAGCGCGGGGUGACGCCAGUAUACCUGCGGUGUCAAGAAGGCACCGUGUGGUGGCUGUACCCGCGCGGAGCCCUGCGGCUUAGCUUCCAGCCGCCACUGACCGAGAGGGACUUCAAGGUCUGCAUCCGCGUCAUCCGCCGACCAGACCCCCCUGACUUGUUCCACACGCUCGACCGCAACGACACUCAACCGGAAAGUUUCCCGGCGCGAAUAUUCGUCGAAAACAAGCACAGGCUGGUACCGCUGUACGCGCACGACGACGGCGAUCCUCGGGAGCUGAGGUGCUUCCGCAGCCGGCGGGGCGGCGCCGCGCUGUAUGUAGAGGCCGACCCCGAGGAGGGAGUGAAUAGAAGAGUGGCUAUGUUCAAGUACGAGGUGCGGCCGCUGGAGAAGAAACACUACGACCCCGCCACCGCCGACUGCCGGCCCUGCUCCGACGAGCAGCUCGAGCUCGCCUUCUGCACCAGCGACCUCGUGUCCCGAGGGUUGUUCGUGGGCAGCGAACAGCGUGAAGAUCUUGACAGCACGCAGCUGACCCUCAAACUGACCAAGCUGAUCCGCGCCACCGCCAGCGACGACCGCUACGACGGCUUCGGCGACGGUGAUGAAAACGAAGAGUAUUAUAGGUACGAAAUCGACAAUGCGAUAGAGCAGACAACACAUCGGAACCACAGGCGGCGGAAGGGGCGUAGCCUCCACGCUCAUAUACAUGUGUCCUCCAUAUGCGGAGCCUCCACUGGCGCGGGGGAGUUCCUGGUCACGGCGCGCCGGCGACUCGGCAGAUAUGCCCUCGUCUGCUCACCCCGGAUAGAAGACUGGAUUAAACUUGUUAAAAGACGUAAUGAAGAAGGCACUGCGCUCUGUCAGUUACAGCACUAGUGGUAGCCGCCCAGACGUUA